UGCUGGCAGGGUUGUUUUUCCUGGGCAUUAAAGGGAAGAUCCGUUCAAUGCCUUGGUGAUGGAAUUCCUCUUGUGGCCUUUUCACAGAGUGGUUUCUUUAUGGACCCUGUUGAUCAUGUUUCUCUAUAUAUCCUACUCUCUUUUAAUAAGGACCUCAAUUAAAUUUUAAGACCCUCCUUUAAAAUUAAGUCCUAUUUCUAGCAGUCCCAUUCCGAUGCACUGUGGUUUGGGAGUUCAGCACACAAUGUCAAGGGAACACAAUUUAGGCCAUAAAGGUGUCAUAGAGAGUUCAGUGAAUGAGAGCAAGACUGGUGGUUCUUAGGUAGUUUUACUAGUGUCUUUCCUUUGAACCCUUAUAAUUUUCAGCAGUUCAUCAGUGUGUGUGUUCAUAGCAAAAAUAACUGGUCUUGAAGGAAACAAAAAAAAUGCUACCUAAUAGUAGUUAAUGUAGGUACAUAAAAAAAAAAACACAUGAAGCUUGGCUAUUGAACAUGUAGCAUAUAGUGUAUUUAGGCUUUGCUGUUUCACAGUUUUAUAAAUGUGGCAUAAAAUGUGGGGAGAAGGCAGUCUGAAUGCACACGUUUUGAUGCAGUAUUAUGACCUGAAGGCCUCAACAUUUAUCUGGACUGGAAAUGGUUCGAGAUUUGUGUGGUGGACAACUGGAGGGAGCAGAAAUCGGCUCCACAGAAAUAGCCUUCACGCCAGAGAAGAUCAGAGGUGGAAUCCAUACAGCAGACACCAAGACAGCAGGGUUUCAAUGCCCUGUGUUCUCUUCGCUGCUUCUCCGUCAGAACUUCGUUUGAAAGGUGGAACUAAUGCUGAAAUGGCCCCCCAGAUCGAUUACACCAUGAUGGUCUUCAAGCCAAUUGUUGAAAAAUUUGGUUUUAAAUUUAAUUGUGACAUUAAAAUGAGGGGCUAUUACCCAAAAGGAGGUGGCGAAGUGCUUGUGCAGAUGUCUCCAGUUAAACAGUUAAGCCCAAUAAAUUUGACUGAUCGUGGCUCUGUGACAAAGAUCUAUGGGAGAGCGUUUGUUGCUGGUGUUCUGCCAUUUAAAGUAGCAAAAGAUAUGGCGGCGGCAGCUGUGAGAUGCAUCAGAAAGGAGAUCAGAGAUCUGUAUGUUAACAUCCAGCCUGUUCAGGAGCCCAGAGACCAAGCAUUUGGCAAUGGCAGUGGAAUAAUCAUUGUUGCUGAGACAUCCACUGGCUGUUUGUUUGCUGGAUCAGCACUUGGCAAACGAGGCGUGAAUGCAGACAAGGUUGGAAUUGAAGCUGCUGAGGUGCUGCUGGCAAAUCUUAGACAUGGUGGAACUGUGGAUGAAUACCUGCAAGACCAGCUAAUUAUUUUCAUGGCACUAGCCAAUGGAAUUUCCAGAAUAAAAACAGGACCAGUUACGCUCCAUACACAAACUGCUAUCCAUUUUGCUGAACAACUAGCAAAGGCCAAAUUUACUGUGAAGAAGUCAGAAGAUGAAGAGGAUGCCUCUAAAGACACUUACAUUAUUGAGUGUGAAGGAGUUGGGAUGACAAAUCCUUAUCUAUAGAGUAUCUGCCUUGUAAAUGGUGUACCUCAGUGAUGGACGGCACUCAUUCAAAGCAUGUUCUUAAAGGACCUGACUAGACUUGGAGAUGAAGGAUGAUGUUCUAGAUUUGCUUCACCAGAAUCCUACUUGAAAUCUCUCCUGCAAUACUGACAGUGCCGUAAGAUUUGAUGGAUAUGUAUGAUUUCAGUAUUUAAAUAUUGAAAUAAAAGUUUCUUUGUACCUGAA